AUGACGACGACGAAAAGCGACUUUGGAGUCGUCUCGAUGUGGUCGCAGGUGGAAGCCGCGCCAAAGGACCCAAUCUUGGGGGUCUCGGAACUGUUUCACGCGGACAAAGAUCCGUCGAAAAUGCUCCUCGGCACGGGCGCUUACCGAGACGAUAACGGUAAGCCUUUAGUCCUCGAGUGCGUCAGAAAGGCGGAGAAGAAACUCAUCGAAGACGCGAAGAACAUGGAGUAUUUACCGACGCAAGGAGAUAACCAGUACAUAUCGAGAAGUUUAGAUCUGGCGUACGGGAAGGAGAUUGGAAACGCGGAAGCGAUUGCGGGGAUUCAAACGUUAUCGGGGACUGGAGCGUGUCGCUUGUUCGCGGAGUUCAUCGCUCGCUUUAAGAAAGGGGCGGUGUGUUACGUUCCAGAUCCGACGUGGUCGAAUCAUUUGAACAUUUUUCGCGACGCGGGAGUGGAGACGAAGGCGUAUAGAUAUUACAAAGCGGACACGAGGGGAUUGGAUUUUGACGGGUUGAAGGAGGAUUUGGGGAACGCGAAGGAAGGGGACGUCGUGUUGUUGCACGCGUGCGCGCACAACCCAACCGGGGUCGAUCCGAGCGAAGAACAGUGGUUGGAAAUCUCGAAAUUGUUCAAGGAUAAGAAUUUGUUUCCAUUCUUGGACAGCGCGUACCAAGGGUUUGCCAGUGGCGAUUGCGAUAAGGAUGCCUUUGCGUUGAGAAUGUUUAAGAGAGACGGGCACGCCAUGGCGUUGGCACAAAGUUUCGCCAAGAACAUGGGGUUGUACGGGCACAGAGUUGGGACGUUGUCCAUCGUGUGCGCGUCCAAGGAGGAAGCGACGGUCGUCGAGUCGCAGUUGAAAGUAAUCGCGAGAGCAAUGUAUUCGUCGCCGCCGUUGCAAGGAGCGAAUUUGGUGUCGACCAUCUUAGGCGACGAAAAAUUGAACGCGUUGUGGUUAACCGAGGUGAAGAUGAUGGCGGAUAGAAUUAUCGACAUGAGAGCGAAAUUAAGAGAGGCGUUGGAGAAGAGUGGGAGCACCAUGGGAUGGAAGCACGUGACCGAUCAGAUUGGGAUGUUUUGCUACUCUGGCUUAACUCCCGAACAGGUGGAUAGAUUAAAGGAUGAACAUCACAUUUACAUGACCAGGAACGGACGAAUCUCCAUGGCGGGCGUGACGAGUAAGACUGUCGAAAAGUUGGCGCAAGCCAUGCACGCGGUGACUACUUCCUAA